AUGCUUUCAUUGAAAUUGAAUCUUCUCGUACAUAUAGGUUUUUCUGAGAAGAAGAAGAAAAAUUUAAGAAAAUUUGACAGAAUGCGAGGAUGGACAAAAUUCACAGAAGAAGCAACUUCUGAUUUCCAAGCCUGCCUAAUUCAACUCUCAAGCUAUGUGGAUGGAACUAUCAAGACUGAAAGUGAACUUCAAAAAUUGGCAGCAGGAUAUGUUCAUUUUAUCUCGGGCCGUGAUCGCAGCGGGAGAUCAUUGCUAGCACUCCCCAACGCGCAUUCCAAUUUGGAGAAUAUUGACUCGAAGAAUUGGACUGAGAUUAUUGACUACGCUACGAGGAGCUCGCAAGCCCCGUACGCAGUCCUGAUUGAUAGGAGAUCUUCAAACUGGUCAAAUGUGAAGGAAAUUUUAGCAACACUACAAGGCUCGAAAAUUGAGCUGUCUUCGAUUCUCGUUCUUCGUCCCGGUGGCCUGCAGCGAAUAUUCUCCGAAGCAACAAUUCGUUUUGUUGAUCUGGGCUUUCCAGAACGAACGAACAUCAAAUUUUUGAAAAACUUCGAGCAGGUUCUACCACACAUCGAUCCUGAAUUUAUCUCAACGGAUAUUGGAGGGAAAAAUCACUGCACAGUCGAAUUCCAGCUGAAAUGUUCGGAGCGAUUCUGCGAUUUCAGGAUUAAAGUUGCGAAUUUUCUCGACAAAGUCAACAUUUUCGUCAAAAAAAUCAACCAAGUAGAAAUGCCAAAUGAUGAGCAUCAGUGUGUGGUGCAAAAAGAAGCUCAGAAUCAUCAGUUUCUCGUGAUGAUGGACGAGCUCUUGGACUCGAUCAACGAAGGAGAUCAGUUGAGCGAUUCGGUGAGAGAAAUUUGCAGCGCGAAAUAUGUCGCGGAACUGGAGAAUUUGCUGCUAAAACUGAAGCACUUGAAUUCAAAUCUAAGUGCUGUUUGGAGCUCGCAUUCUCAAAGAAUGGACAUUGCCUGCUCGUUCCGCAAAUUUGAGGUCUCCUAUCGUACAAUCAUUGUAAAAUUAAAAGCACACGAGCAAAAACUCUCCUCAACCGAAUACGGUCUCGGAACAGAAUGGAUCGAAAAACUCAUCAGUCUGCACCGCCAAUACCGAGUCGAAAGUCAAGACACCAUCAAAGAAGCGGAAAUUCUGCUCGACCAAGCCCACGAGAUUUCGAUCUAUCUUUCUGACUCUGUUGCUCCCAAAUGCGACGAUGUCAAGCACCUAAUCACCCGAAUCGAGGACUCUUCCGAAGACCGUCGGUCAAAACUAGAACUCGGUUUGGCCGCCAAUCGCGAUAUGGAAGCCGCCCUAGAUUGGUGGGAAUCAGCAUCAAAGAUUCUUUGUCGAGCAGCGUCGGACGCCGUCCAGUAUUCAGCUUCUUUCUUGGAACAGAAGCUCGAAGAGGGAAGAAAAUUGAAGAUUUUAAAUGAAGAUUAUGAUGCUUUCGUGAGGCUGCAGUAUUCAACAAGACUUGCGAAAAAUAGUGAGCAAGUAAACGAGCUGUGCGAGCAGUACGAAAAGAAAAUUUUAUUGGUGAGAAUUGAAGAGAAGCCAGUUCCGAUUGCGCCGGUGGAGCCAAGGAUUGUCGUCAAAAAUCCGAAACUUCAGGAGAUUUCUAGAGACGAUAGCCAGGCAGAAUCAUCGGAGUAUAUUUCGACCGAAGAAAGUUCCGAAGAGUGCAACAAAUCGACUGACAAGCUCACUUCGAUGCGAUUGAACACUUCUCUCUCUGCCGUUGUUAUGUCCAGCUCUGCCAGCUCCUUAUCCGCCGACGAAGACCUCUUAAGCCCUCAAAAGGUCGACAAUGUCCUGAGCGAGCUGCUAGAAUCCGAAAAGAUCUACAUUCGCGAAAUCGAAGAAAUUCUCCAAGGUUAUGGAGAGAUGAUCGAUUCCGAAUCCUUCGACUGCCCUGAAAUUCUCCGCGGAAAAAGUCACGUGCUUCUUGGAAACCUGGACGUCAUUUUCAACUUCCACUCCCAAACCUUCCUCCCUCAGCUGCAAGAUGCUUUCCCCGCGCCGGCUAAAAUGGCGCGAGUCUUCCUUGAUUUCAUCGACGAUUUCGACAUUUACUCUGUUUACUGCCAAAACUCCGCGAAAGCCGAGCAGAUUUGCCAACAACUCGGGGUCGACAACGCGUUUUUGAAAAAGUGUCAAAAUUCGCUGAAACAUUCGCUGCCGAUAACUGCGUUUUUGUUGAAACCCAUUCAGCGCAUCACAAAAUACCAGCUUUUGCUCGACCAAAUGGUCAAAUGCACCUCGACAACCGAGGACGAGGCCGAAAUCGUCCAACUCGCACUUGCCAAAAUGCUCAAAUGCGUCCGUUCCGUCAAUGAUUCUCUCCAAAAUAUCACCGGUUAUUCCGGCGCGGUUUUCCAACUCGGAAAGUUGAUAAAAUUCGGACAGGUAGAGAUUGAAACGAAACGGAGCAGGGUGCGGGUUUCGAUGAGGACGAUCACGAGGUUUUUGUUCCUGUAUCAAGAAAGUCUCCUUGUCUGUAAGAAACAAGAAAAUGGAAACUACAGCUUCAAACUGGAACUGCCCCUUGAAAGUCUAAAAAUCAAUGAAGAAAAAACAAAGAUGAAUCGCUUCAGUCUAAUGUCCGCCGGAGGGCGCUAUUUGAUGGUUUCUGUUAUCAACAGGGAGACGAAAAUGAGCUGGAUCAGCCAAAUUAAACGAGCUCUCCUCAACUUAGACAACCUGGAGAUGGAGAAGGAAGACUCUUAUCGCCAACCAAGCAGGAGGGAACUCAUGGUUUAG